CUGCCUCCUUCCGUGCCCGCCCACCUCCCAGUCUGGCUCCCUCCCUCCGCCUGUCAGCCGCUGUGCAGCCGCCGCAGAGAGAUGGGCCUGGCUCGGGGAAGCGGGGACGCUGCUGCCGCUGCUCGGCGGAGUUAAAGGUUCAUUGAUACAGUAGCAUGAUCACAGACUUGGAGGCAGGAGAACCUGGAUUCAGAAUUCACCUCUAACACUAGUUAUGUGAUGUUGGAUCUGGAUUGGCAUAUUACGGGACGUUUUAUUAAUAACAUUAACAGUUCAUACAGGCUACACAGUGACCACUAAAAGAGCUAAUUUUCUUAAGUACAAGUGACCUAUCACCUCCACACAGUCAGAGCAAUGUCCUAUGUUUUUGUAAAUGAUUCUUCUCAAACGAAUGUGCCUCUGCUGCAGGCUUGUAUUGAUGGAGAUUUUAACUAUUCCAAGAGGUUAUUAGAAAGUGGCUUUGACCCAAAUAUUCGUGAUAGCAGAGGCCGAACAGGCCUUCACCUUGCUGCCGCACGAGGAAAUGUAGACAUCUGCCAAUUGUUGCACAAAUUUGGUGCUGAUCUCCUGGCCACAGAUUAUCAAGGAAACACAGCCCUUCACCUCUGUGGUCAUGUGGAUACUAUACAAUUCCUUGUUUCCAAUGGACUCAAAAUUGACAUUUGUAAUCAUCAAGGUGCAACACCCCUGGUACUGGCAAAGCGAAGAGGAGUGAAUAAAGAUGUUAUCCGAUUGCUGGAGUCAUUGGAAGAGCAAGAAGUGAAAGGUUUUAACAGAGGAGCCCAUUCUAAGCUGGAAACCAUGCAGACUGCUGAGAGUGAAAGUGCCAUGGAAAGCCAUUCUCUUCUUAAUCCCAAUUUGCAACAAGGUGAAGGAGUACUCUCAAGCUUCCGAACUACAUGGCAGGAAUUUGUGGAGGAUUUGGGCUUCUGGCGAGUGUUGCUUCUGAUUGUUGUCAUUGCACUACUUUCUCUUGGAAUUGCAUACUAUGUCAGUGGUGUUCUUCCCUUUGUGGAAAAUCAGCCUGAACUGGUACAUUAGUCAUGGAAGGAAGGCAAGUGCCUCUUGCCUAUUUGUCAUCUGUGUUCUAAAUUUCCCAAAAUGUUUCUCCUAGCGUAACGCUAGUAGCAUAUUAUUUGGCUUUUAUACUAUUAGUGCAUUGUUAUUCUUUAGGAAAGGAGAUUUAUUCAUUUGAAUUAACUGUUCUAAAUUCUAAAGUAUUUUAAAGCUACCUCUGAUACGUCAUUUUAAUACAGGCUAGGACUAGCAACAUCCAAUUCUGGUAAAAGCUAAGGAUAAAUAAAGAAUGAAAAUAAGAUUGCUAAUAAUUGUUAAUCCAGAAACCUUAUAUUAUUACAAGGACCAAUUAAAUGCAAUUUUUUAAAGAGUUGUUUAUGAUAAAGAUAUUCUCAUUGAGGCAUUUUUUUUCCCUUUGUAAUAGUUUACUUUCUCUAAUGGAAGGAAGGAAAGAAGGAUGAAAAACUCCUACUUUAAACUGGAUAACAUCUAUACUAUCCCUUAAAACAUACUGAGAGCUAACAUGAGCAGCAAGGCAGUGAGGUGGUACCAUGAAUGGAGUGCUAGACCUGGAGUUGGGAAAACCUGAAUUAGAAUCCUGCCUCAGAAAUUAGCUGUGUGAUCCUGGAAAGAUCACCUAAUGUCCUUGGGCCUCAGUGUCCCUUCAAUAAAAUGGAGGGGUAAGUUUUGAUGAUCUUUAAAAUCCCUAUGAUACUAGUAAAUAGAAGACCAAUAUUUCAAGUCAAGAAGACUUUGGUUCAAGUCCUUAAAUUUAUUGACUAGGUGACUAUGAAUAAGCCACUUAAUCCCUCAUUACUCCAGGUAACUGAGACUGUGCAUUAUAGAUAAAUUACUGAUCUCUAUUCUUGGACUACCAAGAGUUCCCCACAGCUAUGAAGCCACACAUCUGGACCCAUUCAAUUAUUUUCUUGUUCAGUCACAACCCAAACAAAGCUUUGGGAAUAAGCUACAUUUCAAUCCUUACUUUUUUUUUUCCUUUAAAAGUGAUUGAGUCAAUGUUUAUUUAUUUGCUUUUCAUGUAAUAUUGUGUUAAUGGUGUUACAGUGUCUUUAGGGGGAUGGUUAUACUAUUUAGUUUUUUCUUUUUUAAUUUUCCGACUACUUGGGUAUCUAUGCAAAAUAAGCUUGAGAAGUUCAGUUUUCCCUGUUUGAUUUCCCAUUUCUUCUUUAGUGUUUCAUUUCAAAAGCCUCCUAUUCAUCAAAAAUAUCUCUGAAAACCCAUUUUCUUCUUAAUGGUUGGAGGAAAAAAGAUCGUGAUGCAAAAUAUUUGGCUGUCAGUUUAAUUCUGUAGUGCUAUUAUUUUAGUGAUAAACUUCAUCUUAUAAGACAGUUACAUUUUCACAAUUGUACCAUAUGAUGUUUUAAUCUUCUUGUUUAUGAUGUUAUUUAGAGGCCUUGCUAUUAUUUCCAUAAAAAUCCCUUCAAUGUCAGUAGUUCUCUGAUGGCACAUACUGAUGGGAUAUUUCUGAGUUAGCACUGAUGAGCAGUAUUGUCCUGGGUAUUAUAAACUCUUUGUGGAUGGGCAUGAUAUGUAAAUUCAUAUUUGGCCCCCAAACAUAAUAUUGCAACUGCAGCAGCAAGACUGAAAGCCCAUUUGUUAAUAAUUCUGGAAUGCUAUAAAUCAUAUUAUUAGGUUAAUAAGUUUGAAAAUUAUUCUUUGGAAGAAAUGAGAAAAUUGUUUUGAGCAGACUAAUGACUUUAUGUCUUAGAACAAAAGUACCUAAGUUACUAAUAAUUGAAGUGUUUCUAGAAUUAGAAAUUGUAGAAUAAAAUUAUGCAUUUUGCUUCUCUUAUUCUUUUCAUGUCUUCAUAUGGUUUGAGGGUUUGUAUUUCUGUAUCCAGGUUAAGGUUGCUUUAUAUGGUUUUAUCUUUACUAAAAGAUCUGUUAUGAAUUUCUUGAUAAAAUUACUGCUUUACAAUAGGCUUGUACAUAGGCUUAUUUUUAAGUUAGGUGCAAACAAAAGCAACACUAGUUAGCAUAAAUACAACAAAAUUAGAAGUAACCUUAAAAUGGAAUCUUCUAAAACCUAAUUAGAAAGCUGUUCAGAAUGAAUGCUUUGCAAAUCAGCAAAGACGUUCACAAUUGGUAUGCAGAUAUAUCACAUUUUUAAAAGUUACAGAUUGAGUAAUGUUUCCUUCUAAGUGCUAUGCUCUUAUGCUCUUUGUAGACCUUAUUCUGUAUAUAUACUAAUAUCACCAAUAAAUGUGUUUGUGUUUUCCAAG